AUGGAUAGUCUAAAGGCGUUGGUUCAGUUCUUCACACAGGAAGGCAAGUCCUAUCGUUUGAUCGAAGACAAAGAUGAGAUGAACCAGUUGGCUGGCACCAUUCACCACGAGGGCAUUUGCAUGGUGUCAAAGACAAGACCAAUGAUGACGCUACACGAACUGUUUGAACAAGAGACAAGACGUGCCAAUGCCAACAGCACUCCACCAAAGACACACUCAACCAUUACCUCCCCGAUCAUCUCCAAAGAGCCCAACAGAAAUCCAUCGGUACUGGAUCGACCGAUCAUUGUUGUGUUGGACAACAUGGAAAUGGACAAUGUUGGACCAAUCAUCAGGUCAUGUGCAUCAUUUGGCGUUCGCACUGUGAUAUCACUCAAUCAGUCACUGUUGUCCAAUGGCGAGAGUAUCAUCUCACCAUCAAGAUACCUAACUAGUCGAGGUGCGAUGGAGUAUGUGGACAUUGUAGAGACACCUAGCAUCACCAAGUUGGGUGACAUUUUGAUGGAGUUCAAAGUCUAUGGAUGGGAGAUCAUAUCGAUCAUUGGUAGGGAACGCAAUGCACCCUUGUCGAUAUUCAGUGACGAUAGUAUCAAAUCGCUUGGCACCAAACCACUGAUAGUGUUGCUUGGUUCCGAUGGUAAAGGUAUAUCGUCGACCCUCUUGCGUCUCACUGACAAAGAUAUCCAUGUCCCAAGCUAUGUCAUCAAUGGUGGUCUCAAUGCAUCACAAUCCAUAUCAAUUAUCCUUUCAGAGUGCUGGAGACUGCACGGCAGGAAAUAA